GAGGGAGGGAGGGACACCUUUUAAUUCAAAAUGCUAGGCAAUAAAUAGAGGAAAGAAGGGAGAACAGUUGUUUCAUUAUCAGAAUUUGAAGGAUGGAAAAUGAAGGGUGGAGUAGGUGUUCUUGCUCUGCAGGUACUCUGUUAUCAAUAUUGGCUACAAUUAUUCUCCUACUCCAACCAGAUAAUUGCCUCGCUAAGCAACACCCACCAUGUCCUACUUCAUCAUGCGGCCAAAUUCGCAACAUAAGUUACCCAUUUCGGCUGAAAGGCGACCCUGGUCAGUGCGGCGACCGAAGGUAUGAGUUAGAUUGCGUUAACAACGCCACUCUCUUAUUAACCUUUUCCUCGGCAAAAUACCUUGUACGAGAGAUCGAUUACAAGGGAUACAAAAUCGUUCUUAGAGACCCAGGUCAGGAUGAGGACGCUAAUUGCUCUUUCAUCCCUCGCUAUUUCUUAGCGGCUUCGUUUGGCCCAGAUGAUUUCGGAUCGGAGCGUUUCACUUGGGAAUACUGGUAUACUGUUGGAAUAGGAUACUUCAACUGCUUGAAUCCUGUGAGUGACGAUCCACGAUAUGUUAAGGUGGACAGGAGUGGAUGUGGCAGCGGAGGGCACGUGUACGCCGUAUUAGGAUCUUCGUAUGAUGUUUUUAUUAAUGUGAAGGACAUCAAGGUUGGAUGCGAUCUGAUGGUGGCUACGGUUUGGACACCGAAGCAGAAUUUUACCAACUAUGGUGAUGAAAGCUGGAAGGUUGAAAUGCUUGAAGGAAAAUCGGAGCGGAAUGUUACAUAUGAUGAUAUCCAACGCAAAAUAAGUGAGGGAUUUUGGUUGUCGUGGUUGCCGAUUGUUUGUGAGGAUCGAUGUGGAAGGGGCAGGGUGUGUCAUCUUAUCAAUGAAUCCAGCAGCGAAGUCCUAUGUGAGACCCAAAACUGUCGUUACUACGACAACUCCAUCGGAGACUACUGCAAACCUUGGCAAACGGUUUUCGGCCAUAUUCGAGGAAUACGUACCAGAAUACCAUUCAUUACGAAACGAUUGCACGACCCUCUUGGAUUAAUGCAGUAUUUUGAUGGAGCAAUAUUCAUAGGACGACAAAUUAUACCAAUAUUUUUGGCAGGCAGAUAUCUGUUUGGAGUUGUACUUAUUCUUGUGUUAUUCAUCUGCAAAUGGCGACGAAGACAUUUUUCAAUAUAUGAAAAUAUUGAAAAUUUCUUGCUUGAUAGUCAUCUAAAUCCCAUCAGGUACGAAUACAACGAAAUAGAAAAAAUGACCAAAGGUUUCAAAGUGAAAUUGGGUCAAGGAGGCUUUGGUGCUGUAUAUAAAGGAAAACUCCGAAGUGGAUUAGANGUAGCNGUAAAGAUGUUGANCAAAUCCAAUGAUAAUGGACAAGAUUUCAUAAAUGAAGUCGCUACCAUCGGAACAAUACAUCAUGUAAAUGUGGUGCGGCUUAUUGGAUAUUGUGUUCAUAGAAAAAAACGUGCUCUAAUUUAUGAAUUUAUGUCAAAUGGAUCAUUGGAUAAGUACAUUUUCUCCAAAGAAGAAAGCACCNAUUUAAGCCAUGACAAAAUACAUGAAAUAUCUCUUGGAAUAGCGCGUGGGAUUGCGUAUUUGCAUCAAGGUUGUGAUAAGCAAAUUCUACAUUUCGAUAUCAAGCCUCAUAAUAUUCUUUUAGAUGACAACUUUGUUCCAAAGGUUUCAGAUUUUGGACUUGCAAAGCUACAUGCUACAAUUGAUGGUGUUGUGAAUAUGACCGCAGCAAGAGGAACAUUGGGUUAUAUGGCUCCAGAGUUAUAUUACAACAAUAUGGGUGGAGUAACCUAUAAAGCUGAUGUGUACAGUUUUGGAAUGCUUUUGAUGGAAAUGACAAGUAAGAGAAGGAACUCAAAUCCUGAUGCCGAACAUUCAAGUCAAAAUUAUUUUCCUUUCUGGAUUUAUGAUCAAUUUCAAAAAGAGAAAAACAUUGACAUGCAAGAUGCUUCAGAAGAAGAGAAUAUUCUAGUUAAAAAAAUGUUCUUAAUUGCACUUUGGUGUAUUCAAUUAAAUCCAAGUGAUCGUCCUUCAAUGAACAAGGUAUUAGAAAUGCUUGAAGGGGUGAUUGAAAGCCUUGAAUUGCCUCCAAAGCCUUCCUUUUACAAUAUUGAAGCAUAUGAACAUGAUGAUAUUAGCUCUGAUGUCACUGAGUACACUUAUUCUACUAGUCAGCAUGAUGAAAGCAUAACAUCGGAUUCACCAAAGAAUAUUAAAACCGGCAUAAAUAAGAUAACUUAAACUCAGUGUAAUGUUGAUGGGAAUAAUGGAUUAAUGUUAUAGGUUGGUCCUUGUAUAAUUUAUUUGGUAGUGUAGACAAUUAUAGUUCUUCAUGUGUAAUAAGACAUUUAUACUUUUUCUUAUCAUAAAAGAAGCAAGGUUGUUAUACUUGCUUACAAAAUAACAGGAAAAAUAUUUCGUUCUUUAAGGUUUUCUUAAUAAUUGUUUUUUUUUCUUUUUUCAAGGAUAGGGUAUUAUUGUUGUGUUCUUAAAUAUAAAAGACAAUGGGUAUUGUAAUUUUAUUUCGUAACAAAAUUGCAUCAUUGCUUAUUGUUAGUUUUGUUUAUCUUUUCAUUUUUAUGGCAGUUUCAACUUCUUUUCUUAUUACUAUGAAAGUGGUUUUUGUUUUA